AUGCCCGACCUCGAGGAUCAAUCCGAGAAGCCCACUUCUCCAGUCCAGUCCCCCGCAUCUAGCACCACCACCAUUGCCGCCCUCUACCCCGAAACCGAUCUCGACAAGGGUAUCAUCGGCUGGGACGGUCAAGAUGACCCCAACAACCCGCAAAACUUUGCCCCGAAACGCAAAUGGAUGCUCCUCGCCCUAAUGAGCUCCUUUACCUUCAUCUCGCCGCUGGCGUCGAGCAUGUUCUCCCCCGCUAUCAGUUACGUGGCCGCCGACUUUGGCGUCACCAAUGAAACCCUCCUCUCCUUCAGUGUCACCAUCUUCCUUCUCGGCUACACAGUAAGCUCCCCACUACCAUCCCCACACCAUCAACCCCUCCCCAUACUAACCAUCCCAGGUCGGCCCCCUCUUCAUCGCCCCCUCAGCGAAAUCUAUGGCCGCCGCAUCACUUUGAGCGCCGCAAACUGGUUCUUCGUCGUCUGGCAAAUCGGCUGCGCGCUCGCCCCCAACCUCUCUGCCUUGAUCGUCUUUCGUCUCUUUGCCGGCAUGGGCGGCGUCGGCUGCAUUACCCUAGGCGCCGGCGUCAUCGCCGACCUCUUCCCCCGGACCCAGCGCGGCAUGGCCACCUCCAUCUGGUCCAUGGGCCCCCUCAUCGGGCCCGUCGUCGGCCCCAUCGCCGGCGGCUUCAUCGGCGAAACCAUCGGCUGGCGCUGGGUCUUCUGGAUCCUGCUCAUUGCUAGCGGCACCAUCGGCGCCUGCAUCGAACUCCUCAACCGCGAAACCUACGCCCCCGUCCUAAUUCGCUGGAAAACAGCCAAGCUCGCGCGUGAACUCAACCGUCCUGAACUCCGCAGCGCCUACGACAUCUCCCAGGGGACGACACCCCCGACGGUCUCGCAGGCACUAAAGCAGGGUCUCCGCCGUCCCAUCAUCCUCAUCUGCAAGAGUCCCAUCGUCCUUCUCCUCUCCAUAUACAUGGCCUUCGUCUACGGCCUCCUCUAUCUUUUCUUCACGACCAUCACCUCCGUCUUCGAACAGACCUACGGCUUCUCCACCGGUCUCGCGGGCCUCUCCUACCUAGGCAUUGGAGUGGGCUUCUUCAUCGGCAUGACUGUCGUCGCAAUGACCAGUGACCGCAUGGUCGUCAAACUCACCGCCCGCAACAACGGCGUCUUCCAGCCCGAAAUGCGUCUCCCCACUAUGAUCAUCUUCGCCUGCUUCCUCCCCAUCAGCUUCUUCUGGUAUGGCUGGUCCGCCAAGUACGAGGUUCAGUGGAUCGUGCCAAUCAUUGGUAUGGCGCCGUUCGGCAUCGGCAUGAUGGGCAUCUAUAUGCCGAUCCAGACGUACGUGAUUGAUUGCUAUCCGGCAUAUGCGGCCAGUGCGAAUGCGGCGCUCACGGCGACGAGAUCGUUGGUCGGUGCCGUGUUGCCGCUUGCUGGGCCGAAGCUGUUUGAUAGUCUGGGGCUCGGGUGGGGGAACUCGCUCCUGGGAUUUUUGGCGUUGGCAUUUGUGCCGGUGCCGAUUUUGUUCAAUCGCUAUGGGCAGAAGAUUCGGGAGAAGUGGGUUGUGAAUCUGGAUUAAUGCCUCUACGGCCACUGGUGCAUUUUCUUUGUGUUGUAAAAAGUUUUGGUGGGCAGAUUUAUAGAAUAUAGACGUACAGAUGUGCAUGUAUACAUUAAUAUGAGAUAUGAA